AUGGAAAUGAAUCACAACUUAUAAUCACUCUCUAAUUGUUUAUUGAUUAUUUUUACUUAUAUUGAUUACUUGAAAAUAGCAAUGUGUAAAUAAAGUUUGAUUUGCAAAUUGGGGAUUGCAUUUUAUCUAAUCAUUAGAGUGCUAUGUGCAGUAAUUAUUGAUUUUAAAAUCUAUCAGCUAGAAAGCUUGGUGAUAUUAGGUAUAUUAUUCAUAAAAUACACGACUGAGCUUUAUAAUUCAUUUAAGAAUAAUUUUUAAGAGAAGCUUCCUAAAUAUCAAUUGGCGAUUAAAGAGGAUAGAGAUUCUACGCCUCUGCCUUAAAAUGAAUAGAUAUUUCCUUAAAUACAAUAGUAAAGUAAGGUAUCGCUCAACCUUACCCCUUAACAUAACAUGAGCAUAAUUUUACGAGAUCUUCCUAGUGAUAUAAAAUUGAUUCAAUAUUCUAAUUUGACGAAUUGUCAGAAAUUAAAUAAAAGUUUCGACAAAUCAGACUAGUCCAUGUGUUCAUUUUAUUAAAACCUGCUUAACAUUUUUCCUUAAGGAAUUUUGAUUUUAAAUUCCUCCUAAUAAGUUAGUUAUAUGAACAAUAAAUGUGAAAAACUGUUAGAGUGUUAGGGAGCAGAAAAAGUAUUAGAAAAAAUAAAGACUUGUGUGAAUAAUGCAAAAAUGCAACACUAUUAAAUAGAUGAUUUGAAUAGUUUUCAAGCAAAACAACAUCAAAAAUAAAUACAUUAUCAUAUUUUAAAAUAAAUAAUAAGUAUUUUAUCAAAUAGAAACAUUGCAGUUGAUGUAUUGGAUAUUAUGAUAUAGCCAUAAAAAUAUUCAAACAUUCUAGGAUCAAGCUUUGGAGACAAUUACUUAAGUUUUAUGUCAUAAGUUUUUAUAUAUGAAUGGUUUAUCAAACCUGGCUUUAAUUUUUCUAAAUCUUAAAAAAAACUGAAAUUAAUAAUUAUCCCAACUUCGAUGACAGUUCAAUAAUAAGAAUACUUUUAAUCUCAAUCAUAAAUUCAAUGUAGCAGUAAAGUUAUUUUUCAACCAACAACUGACUUUGAUAAUCCUGUACUUCUCAUAAUAAUUAAAAAUAUCACUCAUAAGCAUAAAUUCUAAUAGAUAAGAGAUGAACAAAUUAUUCAUCACAGUCUUAUCAAAUCAUUUUCUCAUGAACUGAGAACUCCUUUGAAUAGUUGUUAGAAUAUGUUAAAUCUAAUCUAGCAAUUUUAGAGUGAAGAAGACUUUAAGACUUGUCUUGGAAUAGCCUAGAAUUCGAUACAAUUAUUGAUUCAUUAAAUCAACGAUAUUUUAGAUUAUGCUGCCAUAUAAUCUUAUUAAUUUUCUUAUCACAUUACUCAAUUCCCAUUAAAUUUGAUUAUAAAUGAAAUAGAGGAACUGUAUAAAUGUUAAAUGAAAUUAAAAAAAAUCAAAUUUAAGAUUCUAAUUUCAAAGAGUUUAAAAGAUAUAAUGAUGCGUAACGACAAGUAGAGAAUAUUAUAAAUAUUAAUUAAUUUAUUAAAUAACUCAAUUAAAUUUACUAAAGAAGGAGGUUGCAUUCAUUUAAACAUUACAGAAAAGGAAUAUUUUUGCAUAAAUAUUGAAGUUAAAGAUAAUGGGAUUGGAAUUGCUGAAGAAUAGUUGAAUUUAAUUAGAAGUAGUUUAUAUGAUACCAGCGAAUUUGGUGCUAUUCUAAAAUAAAAUGCUGAAAUUAAGAAAAAAGGCUUAGGAUUGAGCAUUGUAGCAAAACUUGUACAAGGUUUAACUUAGGCCCAAGAUAAUAAAUUAGUUAUUAAUUCUUUAUAAAAUUAAGGAACUUCAGUUUCGUUUCAAGUUGAAAAUUUGUAAAUUAACUAAAAUUCGUAUCAAUAAUCCUCGAACUUAUUUACUCAAUAAACAGGAAAGUUUAAUUAAUCCGAAAUAUUUUAUACAUUCAAUAAAAUAAAGAUUGAUGAUAAGAUUUCGAAUAAGAUAAAUAACACAUUUACUUAAAUUUAAGAUGAUCAAGAUAACUUAGAAUAAAAUUCAGAAACCUAUAAAGCUACUUCCAGGUUGAAUGAUUUCGAAAUCCAAUAAGAAAUCCUCUUACCUGUCAGUCACGAAUAUUUUCCUCAUAAAUUUAUUUCUUCUUGUAAAGAUUUUUAAGAAAUUGAUUUAGAACACUCUAAUAUUAAAAAAUAAAAAUUAAUUUGCCAAAAGUGCUCUCAUGUUUUAGUUGUAGAUGAUAUACCAUUUAAUUAAAUUGCUUUAAAAAUGAUGCUUAAGCAUUAUAAUAUUGAAGCUGAUUCAGUUUUUGAUGGAUUUUAGGCAAUUGAGAAAGUUAAACAAAAAAUGCAGCAGCAUUGUUAAACAUACCAAAUAAUUUUUAUGGAUAUUGAAAUGCCUGGAAUGGAUGGAUUCUAAGCAAGCAAAUAAGUAAACUUAUUCAAUUUAUCUAGAUUCUAAAACUAACAUAAAACUAAUCUACAAUAGUUAUUUGUUCUGCUUAUGAUACAUAAGAGAAUUAUAUUAAAGGUUCUAAAUUGGGAAUCAAUACAUUUCUUCCAAAACCUGUUAAUCCAAUUGAAUUGAAAGUAGUGUUAGAAAAAUUAUUUCAAUUCUAAGGAUAUAGUUAAUGA